CGGGUGCAAAGUAGCAGUAUAAAUAAGAGCCGGUUGUCAACACAAGAUUAAGGCUCACGCUGCUCGUGUCGUACAGUCAUGACGGCGCUAGUGGUUCUGGCUUUUCUGGUCGCUGGCGGUAAGGCAGCUUAAAUCGUCAAGUUAUUUAAUGCUCAUUUGUUGUAUUGUACUUUCGCUUACAAAGAAUACUAAUUAUCACAUUAUAUUUGAUAAAUUGCUUAUUGUUCAAGGUUUGAUGAACUUACCUACCGAGAGAUUACCUACUUUUUUAUGUUUAGUCUGGUGCAAUAGAAAUCACAAUAUGCAUUACUUGCCAGCUUAUGGAUGCGGCCGUCCCACCUUCCCUCCGGCGCUGAGUCGGGUGGUGGCAGGAGAGGACGCCCGGCCUCACAGCUGGCCCUGGCAGAUCUCGCUCCAGUCGGACAGCAGUGGGCGCUGGAGGCACGUGUGUGGAGGCACCCUCAUCUCUGCUGACUGGGUCCUCACCGCGGCACACUGCAUCGACGUCCGGGACAACUACAGAGUGGAGCUGGGUAAACACAGCCUGAAGACGAGCGAGGAGGGCUCGACGGCCCGGAUGGCGCACACAAUCAUCCCUCAUGAGAACUACAACAUCCUGCUCAGCCGUAACGACAUCGCGCUGAUCAAGCUGUCCUCCCCCGUCACCUUCUCCGACACGCUGAUGUCCGCCUGCGUGCCAGACCGGGGCGUCGUCCUCCCCCACGGGGCUCCCUGCUACGUCACCGGCUGGGGUCGACUCUCCACCAGCGGCCCUCCGGCUGACUUCUUGCAGCAGGCUCUCCUCCCGGUUGUUGGCCGCGAUACCUGCUCACAGCCCGACUGGUGGAGCGUCCUGGCCACAGACAAGAUGGUCUGCGCGGGAGGCGACGGCGUGGCUGCAGGCUGCAACGGUGACUCUGGUGGCCCCCUGAAUUGCCAGAACCCCGAUGGCUCCUGGGACGUCCACGGCGUGGUGAGCUUCGGUUCCGGCGAGGGCUGCGACGUCCUGCAGAAGCCCACGGUCUUCACACAAGUCAGCUCCUAUGUCGACUGGAUCCACACGGUCAGGGACAUUUCAUUUUAUGAUCGUCAGGCCAUGACCAACAACUGAGGAGCCGUCCAAGUGCAACAAGCAACAAGAAGAUUGAGGAUUUAGAACGUGUUCUCUUUCUUCUCCAUGUUUUAGAGCCCAGUAAAACUUGUUUGCGCUGUGUACCAGCGCAGCCAUUGGUGUUAAUUAAACCAUGAAGCUCCUCAGCAGAUGUACGGCAUCCAGAUGUUUGUCAGCUUUCGCUACAGCCGCUGCAUCAAUAAAUCCCGACUGAACAGUACCAAAAUGUGAAGAUGUGUACAUUCGGGGAGUUAUUACACAGGUCAAUAUGUAAUUACACAUACAGCUUUUCAGUAAUGAUAGCUCUUAAACACUGGGUUAGUUAAAAAUACUUACUUUAAUUUCUUAUAAAUAUUCAUGAGACAACGUUUUUUUCCACAAACAAAAUUAUAAUAGAAUAGUACAUUUUCACAGUAGAAGAAAUACAGACUUAAGUAAUAAAAUGAAAUCAAUAAAUGAACAAACAGCAUGUUUUUUGGACACAAAGUAAAACAGAAAGUGACCGCGUAAUCGAAACACUCAUUUCAUCAAUGUAAAACAUUUUGACUACAAAAUAAAAAAUAAAAAA